AAUUUACGUCACUCGUAUGAAUAGAAAUUUUCAAAAAUUGGUCGACCGGUACGAAGGAAUCUGGAGACUUCGGGAUGACCUCUCUAAAUUGUCAAAUCAUCAUAUUUGAAUCACACAUGCGAACAUUCCACUAAUAAGCGCUGUGAGCUUUCAGCACGAUCACAAAUACUUGACAUACAUGCCUAUAUCGAGUACACCUAUGAUCACACGGAUAGCUCAGCAUUGCAUGUUUAAAAAUAAUUGGCUGGGGCCCGAGAUUUGUUGCGUGUUACGUAGAUCGUGUCGUUUUUUCAUAGACUGGUGCAGUGAAUAAACACGUAUCAGUGAAAACAACUGGUAACACCAAGGGAGGCGAACCUUCGCGUCCCAGUUCUAAACGCGAAGGGAUAUACUGUGCCUGGAACUGCAAGGAAUAAGCUGGGCGAUACUAUGGAAGAUGAAUUGGAAGACAAAGUUCUGUAUCAAACGUACGUCUCGCAUAUGAAACUUAUAUCAAAAUUUGCUGUAGGUAUUCCUACAGGGUUUAAUACUGGCAUUAACACCCCUAUUGGUUAUCUCUGGAGAAUCAUGCGCAUCUACGUUCUAAAGCCUGAGAUUCUCGUCUGCGGAGCAGUACUCGUUGUAAUGCUCUUUUACCUUCAAGCCGUCGAUGUGUGGAGCAGAACAUUACUUGGCAGAAUUCAAUAUACUCUAGGGCGAUCAACCUCAAAGGUUUCGAAGCUUCAGUUUUUAGUAAACAGUUCUGUGAACAGCGGAGAAAAACUAAGUUGGGAAUUGAAAGAAGGCUACAUAUCAGCUUAUGCUGUGCAGGGCAGACGAGCACGGAUGGAAGACCGUUUCGUAGUAAAUGACGAUAUCAACUGUACAGGUGUCUCAUUAUUUGCAGUGUUCGAUGGUCACGGAGGAGAAUUUGCUGCCAAUUACGCCAGAGAUAAACUAAUACCUAAUAUUAACAACAAAGUCAUCGAACUGAAAGAUAUGAUAGCUGGAAGACCGUCGAGAAUUAAAUCAGAAAACCCUGAGCAAAUAAAUGAUGCUGAAUCAAAAAACGAUGAAAAAGACAAGCACGAUGCGAUCACUGCUCUCGAGCGCAAAAAGUCCUUCCGCAAAACUUUGAGCACCUCACUGACUGAUGAAUCUAUGAAAAAAGCUGUUGGCGUUACUGAUCCUGAGCUACUGGAUAAAUUGGAUAGUCUUGCUCGUCCAAUAACUAGAGAGGUUCGACCCAGUAGACCAGGUGAAAAGCGGCCACCAAAAAUUGACACGGCUAGUUACCUUGAUGGAAACAAAAUAAACUAUGGUAGAUUGUUGACAGAUGAAGUUCUUGCGGUUGAUAGACUGUUGGUGGAUGCUGCAAAGAAAAAUAUGGAUGUGGCUGGCACUACUGCUUUGAUAGCUCUACUAGAAGGCAACAAGCUGAUUGUUGCCAAUGUUGGAGAUUCACGAGGUGUAAUGUGUGAUGGAAAAGGCAAUGCAAUCCCUUUGUCCUUUGAUCAUAAGCCACAACAGCGACGGGAGAGCAAGCGAAUCAAGGAAGCUGGGGGUUUUGUCACGUUUAAUGGAGUCUGGAGAGUAGCUGGGAUCUUAGCAACAUCCAGGGCUCUCGGCGAUUACCCUUUGAAGGAUAAAAAGCUAGUGAUUGCUGAUCCUGAUAUUCUAACUUUUGACCUGAGUGAUCAUAAUCCAAUGUUCCUUGUCCUAGCAUCUGAUGGACUCUGGGAUACAUUUACGAAUGAAGAAGCCGUUGCCUUUAUCAAGGAACGUAUUAACGAACCACACUAUGGUGCUAAAAGUAUUACUCUACAAAGUUACUACAGGGGAUCCUUAGACAAUAUUACAGUCGUUGUGAUCAACUUGAAGGAUCGUAAAUACAGUACAGCUACAACGAAACGAGUUUAAUAAACUCAUGCUAAAUAAUGUUUGGCUCCUAAAUGUUAUUGAACAGAUAUCAAGUCUAAAAAUUUUCUAGUCAUUCUACUACUAGAAAGUAAUUUACGUAAUAACAUUUCACCUUCUGUCUGCGAUAACACGGUCAUAAUUUCCAACUAUAUUUGAUUGAGAAUGCCUGGAAAAUAUUGAUGGCAAUUGACUUCAUUAACUUUUCUGAAUACCCAUACAUAAGACCCCAGAAAAAUUUCAACUCCGACCUAUCAGGGCCUGUGCAACCAUUGUAAGGUGACAAACCGUUAGAUAGGUAACACUGGAAAUGCGGAAUCACGUACUAGCAUAUUUGUAUGGAAUUCAAAUGUGAAUAAGGGCCAU